AUGGCACCACCGCGUUUCUAUUCACACCUCCUCCUCGUGAUUUGCGCCACCGUCUUAUUAACGGCAACAAUUUCAUCACCGACAGUAGCCGGCGGAGGAUUCAACCUCGGAAUGGAAUGGAUUCACCAAACAAAAACAACCUGCGAAGGCACCAUCGCCGAUUGCAUGUUGCAACAAGGCGAAGAAGAGUUUCAGUUCGAUAGCGAGAUCAACAGGCGUAUUUUAGCAACCACAAAGUACAUCAGCUAUGGUGCGCUUCAGAGGAACACUGUACCGUGCUCUCGCCGUGGCGCUUCGUACUAUAACUGCCGUCCCGGUGCUCAGGCCAACCCUUACAGCCGUGGAUGCAGUGCGAUUACGAGGUGCAGGAGUUGA